AAACGAGUGGCGGGGAUCUGGUGUGGACGUCUCUGCUGUCGCUCUCUGCCGGGAGGAAGCUCACUCCUUCGUCUGUAGGACUGGCCAUGGCGCUGCAGCUUUCCCGGGAGCAAGGCAUCACCCUGCGCGGGAGCGCCGAAAUCGUAGCUGAGUUCUUCUCAUUUGGCAUCAACAGCAUUUUGUAUCAGCGUGGCAUAUAUCCAUCUGAAACCUUUACUAGAGUGCAGAAAUAUGGACUCACCUUGCUUGUAACAACUGAUCCUGAGCUCAUAAAAUACCUAAAUAAUGUGGUGGAACAACUGAAAGAUUGGUUAUACAAGUGUUCAGUUCAGAAACUGGUGGUAGUCAUCUCAAAUAUUGAAAGUGGUGAGGUCCUUGAAAGGUGGCAAUUUGAUAUUGAGUGUGACAAGACUGCGAAAGAUGACAGUGCACCCAGAGAAAAGUCUCAGAAAGCUAUUCAAGAUGAAAUCCGUUCAGUGAUCAGACAGAUCACAGCUACGGUGACAUUUCUGCCACUGCUGGAAGUUUCUUGUUCAUUUGAUCUACUGAUUUAUACAGACAAAGAUUUGGUUGUUCCUGAAAAAUGGGAAGAGUCGGGACCACAGUUUAUUACCAAUUCUGAGGAAGUCCGUCUUCGUUCAUUUACUACUACAAUCCACAAAGUAAAUAGCAUGGUGGCCUACAAAAUUCCUGUCAAUGACUGAGAAUGAGAUAAGGACAGUGAUGGUACUUGUAAUUCUCAGAUGUGGUUUUCCUGAAACCAAGUCAACUAUAGUUGAUACAUUUUGUUUCAUUGGUUAAUUUUUAGGUGGGGAAAACUUCUAUUGAACUGUGCAUAAUUGUUCCAUUUUUUUGGUACCUGUAUGACUUUAUACAGGGUUGACAUAAAUUAUUGCACAUUGUUCAAAAGGGAACUUGCAGAUUACAUCAGCACUGUUAUGUCAAUUCCUUCGAAGGUGGUAACUGUAGAUGGAAAACUAUUGCUAUAAAGCUAAAUGCCUUUGGGUCAAGUACCUUGACUCAAUAUAGGUUACAGAGAUAACUGCAAUAUACAAUACAACAAAAGAAGUCUCAAUAUUCACAGUCUUUAUUUAGAUCCUGAAAUUAUCUAAUGAUAAUCUGUAAGUAAUGAAAUAUUGUUCCUAUUGGGUCCUUUUGCCAUUUAUUUCAUUUGUAUAUUUUCCAUACUGAAAACAUUUCCAAUUAUUUGAUUUUAAUUUAUAUAACUUGAACCUACAAAGCUGUGUAUAUUGCCACUGUUUAAAUUCCCGUGAUACGGAACUCUUAAGAAUUUUUUUAUGUUUUACAAAAUCAAGCUUUAAAUGAUGAUGUAAUAAAGUUGAAAUAUGUAUGUUUAAAUUUGUCUUAACAUAUUUUUAUAUUGGUGUAGUAUUAACACAGUUAAAUAGGAUGGAUUCAGUAUAGCAAAUAAUAUCUUAUGCCUACCAGGGCCUAAGAAUACAAACUUAAAAAAGUCUGAAGGUACUUUCAAUUUAAUGAACAAGCUUUGAUUAUACCCCUUUAAUCUUAUAACUGUGGACUUAAAAUAAGCAUCAUUCUUUGUAUAAAAUAAUACAUGUCAUUUGGAAUUAAUUUGUUUUAGCAUAUGUUGGCCUGUAGAACUUUUCUAUACUCCUAGCCUCAUUGCCAGCCUACUUUUCCUUAUUUUUCCAAGGUCAGUUGAAGGCAAACUUCUAAAAAGUCUCUUCUAGUCUCUGUUCUAAAUCUCACCUCAUUUUUAAAUAAUUACGUGCUUAGUAUCAGACACUAUACUAAGCUCUUUAUAUGUAUUAACUCAUUAAUCUUCACUGUCAAGUAAAAACACAUAGCCUGUAUCCAUUCAAUCAAGAAUUGCAAAGUGAGCAACUGUUAAUGUGCCAAGUAAUGGGAUGAAUGAAACAGAGUCCUGGCUUUUCUGAAGUUUGAGAUAAGAAGGAGAGGAAAAUAUAUGGCAAGCUACCAGAAAGUAACUGCA